UUCUCUUCUACUUGUUAUCUAUUCCCUCUUUUAAUCUUCCGCAGUCCCUUAUUUCCGUUCUCCAUCGAUUCCCUCCAGCUUCGAAUCCUUCGCGUUCCUUCCCGGCAGAGAGAGAGAUAUGCAAUGACGACAGCCGCCUCCGCCGCGACGAGUUCCACCUGCCACCUGCCCACGGGGGGCUGCAACUACAACUUCCCCAACCUUGGCGGGACCUCCGUAUGUGGCUGCCAGAAGUUCAUGCUCAAGAAGAGGUCGCAGAAACGCGUCAAUCGUUGGAGCGGUGGUGGUGGCAGAGGGCCGACCGGCAGUGGCACUGGCAGGUCAGGCACGUCCGAGGACUCGGAAGAUGAUGAGGAUGCGUGCAGAUGCGGACACGACUCCUGCUACCACUCGGGCCAUCCGGCGGUGCCCACGCACGCGCCAGCACCAGCACUAGCACCAACAGCGACGGAUAACUACCUCUCUCCACAGCUUCGGGAGCCGCUGGAGCUACAGAGGGCCAUCGGAUACGGCGGAUCGCUCGGGAGCGCGCGUGAGAGGUCCUUGGGGGCUCACCGUGUCGGUGAGGGCUUGAUGGUGCGGGCGGAUGGGUCGGCGAACGUUAACAUGACGGCACUCUCGGCGGUCAGCGGAACGACGACGGAGCGGGAUUCGAGUACCUCGGGCACGCCAAUGGGGCUGCUGAAGAUACCGUGGACGACGAAGUACGCCGCACCUUCUACGCGGGUUCGCGACGAGGCUUCGAAACAGUUGACGGAUCAAUUGCACAACGUGGUCUCGCACGGCAUGGCGGAGAGGUUGUGCAUGAACCCGAAGGCUCUGGACAGGCCGCCGUCGUCAUCGUCGUCCGUCAAGGAGAGGCUAAAGAAUUUGGUCGACUGCACGGCCGCGAUUGAGACCGAUCAGAUCAAUAUGCGGCAGCGCGUCGAGAUGAUGGAGGUUAUGCCUGCGACGCUGGAGGACCUCGCCGAGAAGGUCGAUCUGAUAGAUGAUCAGGUCAACGAGAAGCUCGACAACACCGAGGUGCGCUUGAUGAAUGAGAUCGAUGAUCGCCUCGGGCCGAUUGAGUCCUUCCUCAGGGCCCAACAGGCAUACGGCGAGAAGCGGAAACGUCGACAUCAGGCGAAGGCCAAUCUGGAGAUUUGCGACAACUCCGGUAGCAUUCACAGCGGAGGUGCCAGUGGUGGGAAACGGAGGAAGCGUCCCGAGGAGCGAGAUGCCAGCGAGGUCCUCAACAGCCAGCAACACGGAAUCACUACCACGAGCUUUACGACUACUAGUUUCACCACCACUACCUCCAGCUUCGGGUCACCAGGCCCUUCACGUAUAUCUCAACAUGCCGAUCCGAAGGUUCUAUCGGAUAUUGAGAUGCUCAAAGCCCGGUUGUCGGACAUCGAAGCUUCGGCUCCCCCAAGCGUUGCACGCCCAUGGAUUAUUGAAGUGGUACUCAUCCCACCUGCUUCUCUGAGCGGAAUAUGGGCUGAGGCCCAAGCCUCGGUCCCCAAUACCCAGUACACCGGUAGCGAGAAUGCAUCCGCAUCCGCUCCUACCAUAGGCAAAGCACUGUGUUCGCCGCAAUCUGGCUUGGUGCCUUUUUCGUUUUCAGUAAAGUCGAAAGUGUACAAACGUCUUCACAGCCGUGGGUUCGUCAAACGGUUGCAUAUUACUGGUCCUACUGCGAGAGAAGUCUCACUUUCCAUCGAGUCCAACUUCCAGAACGCGUUGGAGUUUUGUGCCUCAUACAAUGUCUCCCGCGGCUCUUCUCGUUCGAUGUCACAGCAGCUGCGGUUCCAGGCCUCGGACCAAUGUCAUCUGUCUUCUUCUUCGCAGCGCACCGCCGCCAGAGGCGGCACUCGUAGUCUGUGGGAGCCCCUCCGUAAAAUCUACAAACAGGCCCCGCUGGAAUUUCUCCAACCCAGUGACAUCACCACGCCGGCUCUCUGGACGGUGGACUUCCUCAAAGCCAACUGCAUAAUGCGCGGUACCACGCGUAAAACUCUCUACGUUCUCCCGCGGACCUCCUCCAGCCGUCCCAGCGCCUCAAUCAUCACAUGGGAGGCGAUCAAGCAGCUCGACCGGUACUAUGACAGCGAUGAGACGGAGUGCGAGCAGGCCACCAUGGACGCGGAAGAGUCCUUCUGGCGAUUCGAUGCCAAGCUGGACUCCAAGCGCAGCCCGGACCCGGAUCCGGACCUGGACCCGGACAUGGACCUGCACCACACGGCCAACAGCUUCUUCUCGGAGCCGUUCGCGAGCUUUGGCCCGUUCGCGCCCGAGAGCGUCGGGCCCGCUCCGGCACGCAUCUCGUUUUCGUCCCAUCUUGCGGUCAGCCCCCCGCUGCAGCUGCUACAGCAGCAGGAGGCUACCCCGCCCGAAACGGUCCCGCAGUUGCAGCCUAGACGCUCCAGCAAGUUGAACCGCAUGCAUACUUCGCCGCUACCACCACCGGCGGCACCACUCGUGGAUGAGAAGGAGGUCGCCACGGAAGAUGAUGCCGAACGGAAGCCUAGUCCCCCGAGGAAGAAGAGGUCGCCGCGUGGUGGUAGUUCUACCGCUGCUCUCACAUCACGCGCUACACAGUCACCCCCGAGCCCGCCGUUGACGUAUCCACAAGGUGUUCAGCGCCGCAAGAAGAAGACGGCGGCGAAGGACCCGGAGUCUAGUCCAAAUGUGCGGCGCUCCCGGACGGUGGAGGGAACACUGUCUCCUCUUGUUGCCCGUUCCAGCGGCAGCGAGAAUGCUUUGAAAGAAUCGAGCCUCAGUUUCAGUGCACGACGAUCACCGACAGUGGAGGGUUCACCGUUUCCUCUCACUGCCGAUUGCAGCGGCAACAGUGCGUUCGGACGCUCAUUUGAGGAGUUUAUGACGCUCAGAACGGGAAGAUGGCAGGACUAUGGCUCUGACUCUGGAGCGCUGCAUCGGGGAUGGGACCAGGUUGAGGGGCUGGCGGAGAGCUCAAGAUAUGAAUUCGGGUUUAGCGAUAUCGAGACGUCAAUCAAUUGGGGAUCACUGUUUGGGAGCCCAGACACGACAAAUGUUGUUUCUGAGGCGGCGGCGGAUCGGACGAGUGAGCUCGUUGGGAAGGAGGAGGAUGCAGAUGCAGAUGAGGAACAGACGCAGGAGGAUCAUGUACAACAUGCACAACCAGAGGAGGAGGGAGAUGACGCUCGGACACAGGAGGACUAUGAACGGCAAUCGGCGGAAGAGGGAGACGACGGUCAGACGCAGGAGGAUCAUGCUCCGCCAUCAGGGCAGGACGGAGAACAUGGGGACGGAGAGGAGGACAACCAGGAGGAAUCGGACGAAAACAACGCACCACAAUUCCACGGACCACCGAUACCUAUUCCCUUGGGAAUUUCGCUUGCGGAUUGCGAGGGCGACGGGGGAUAUUACAGCAAUGCAUGAGCCAUGCAGGCAGGAAGGAGUAUAUGGGAUUGGAUUUACACUGGAUAUCAUUGGGAUUUCAUUAUACCCCUGGUUUUGGUCAUGACAGGCAUAGAUGGGGGUGUAUCUUGAUUUUGGAGAGAACCUGUUCACUCGCCUCCUGCCUUUUCACGUCUUACAUGACUGUAAUCUUCACGCUUCCACUUCAGGUUUCGAGUCUGAAUUGGUCGGUGGGUUGGCCGGUGACGGGAGGAGGGAUGGAAACUCCACUU